AUGGAAGACACUGUGAAGGCUUUCUCGGUAUAUUACAAUCACAUUAACAAUGAAGGCACCUUUACUGGAGGAGAUUGGAUCUCAGGGAACAUCAAAUUAGAACUUUCAAAAGAUUGUAAGAUCAAUUCACUCUAUGUGCAGAUCAAGGGGAAGGCCAAUGUCUUAUGGACGGAACAAUAUGGCAAAACUGUAGUAGUUUACUCUAGCAAAGAGAAGUUCUUUACUAUUAAGCAAUCCGUCAUACAGGAGUUCAAAGGACAGGAAAGCCAAACGGUUGGCCGAGGGUGCUAUGCCUACCCAUUCAACUUCCAGAUUCCUUCAGAAGAUCUUCCACCAUCCUUCAAAAGCUUCACUGGGAAAAUCCGGUACAGGGUGAAGGCCUACCUGAGUAGGUCUAUGAGCCGAGAUAGCAAAGCUAAUGCUCCCUUCACCGUUAUUUCCAAAGCCAGCUGUAGUCCAGAAAUGAUGAUUCCACAGCAUAGUAUCAAACACCAGAAACUAAAACUCUUCAACUCAGGAAAAGUGACUAUGGAUGUUCACAUUAAUAAAAUGUCCUUCUGUCCAGGUGAGGCCAUUCAAGUCACAGCCUGCAUUCAGAACAGUUCAUCCCGGGACAUUAAGCCCAAGUACUGCUUGUACUUAAAGACCAGCUUUUUUGCAAAUGGGAAGAGAAAAGUAACGACCAAAGACCUGGUGAAAGAGGUGGGGGAGCCCAUCCCCCACUCCGCCGGCCAGAAUGUGAUCAGGGUCAUCACCGCCCCCGCCACCACCGAAGUGUCCAUCUUGAACUGUUCCAUCAUUAAACAUGAGUACAGACUCAAGGUCUAUCUGGACGUGAAGUACCAAUUCGACCCAGAGGUCAAGUUCCCCAUCGUCAUCCUGCCCGCCACAGCAUCUCCUGGCCUGGGUCAGCCUCCUGCCGAUGGGGCCGAUGGGGGCUAUGGGGGCUAUGGCUUUGAGGCGUUCGGGAACCCUUCACCUACCUCAGCUGCCUCUGAACCCUCUGCCCCACCUCCGCCUCCCUCCUACGGGACAUACAGCCUGUAUCCCCCCUUGUCUUGAACUUAACAACGAACAACAACAACCAGUAUCUGACAUGGAUUUGAAAUGCUUUG